ACAGCCUUGCCAAACAUUACCAUUAAACAACCGAAAAAAAAAAAGUCGAUGACAUUAACAUAUGACUUCAUUUUCUACCAAUUCCAAGUUCCAACUGCACAUUAUUACAAAAACCUCUAAAACAGGUAAACAGAAAACUGAAAAACAAAAGCAAAUGGGGAAUGAAGUUGCAAAUACUCCCACCACCACCACCGCCAAGAAUGAAAGCAGCAAAAGAAGGAGCCUUUACUGCUUACUAUCCAUCAUAUCAGUAUCUCUAAUUUUCAUUCUUUCGUAUUCCUCUUCUCCUUCAUCAUCUUCAUCUUUUUCUAUCCUCAACAGAAAACAAAAAACCCAGAUUCAGAUUCAAUCACUUGUUUCUAAAUUAAAACCAAAUGCACCACCACUACCUUCAAUUGCAUAUGUAAUAACUGGAUCAAAUGGUGAAAACGAUAGAAUCUUUAGACUUCUUAAAUCAAUUUAUCACCCAAAGAAUCAAUAUCUACUUCAUCUUGAUCUUACUGCUCCACAAUCUCAACGGGAAGAACUUGUUAACUUUGUCCAAUCAAACCCUAUUUUUAAUUCGCUUCAAAACGUUAAUGUUGUUGGCAAUCCUGAUUUUUCUAACCCUAAGGGGUCUUCUUCAGUUUCGUCCAUACUCCAUACUGCUUCUCUACUUCUAAGAUUUUCUUCCAAUUGGGAUUGGUUUAUUAAUCUUUCGUCUUCCGAUUAUCCACUUAUUUCCCAAGACGAUCUUCUACAUAUCUUGUAUUUCGUACCCAAAGAUCUGAAUUUUCUGAAUCAUAGCAGCUACAUUGGUUGGAAAGAAGCUCGGAGAAUUAAAAAGAUUGUUGUUGACCAGGGUCUCUUUCUUACUGAGAAUAGUGACAUUUUCUAUGCUACACAGAAGAGGGAGCUGCCUAAGGCGUACAGGUUGUUCACAGGUUCAGCUUCUACUAUUUUGAGUCGUAAACUUGUUGAACAUUGCAUCGUGGGUUCUGAAAAUUUACCAAGAACUGUUCUGAUGUACUUGUCUAACACACCUUCUUCACAAGUUAAUUAUUUCCAAACUGUUGCAUGUAAUUCUCGGGAGUUCAGUAAGACUAUUGUCAACCACAACCUGCGAUGGCAAUGGCAUUCAUCACUGAAUGGUAGUAAUAAUGCUAAUGAGUUGGAUGAGAUGAUUGACAGUGGAGCCGUAUUUGGUACAGGAUUCAUCUUAGAUGAGUCAGUUCUCGACCACAUCGAUCAAGAGGUACUAAAGCGUCGGCCGGGCAGGAUUUUACCUGGUGGGUGGUGUUUGGGGGAUUACCAUAGUUACAACGAUCCAUGUAUGGUCAAGGGAAGUGUAGAUAUUGUGAGGCCUGGUCCUGGUUCAACCAGGCUUGAGAAGCUCCUUGUUCGUCUUCUUUCGAGUCAGACAUUCCAGUCCAGGCAAUGUAUGGUUGAAUGAGUGUUUGCCAUUUGCAUAACACCUUUGCCAUAAUUUUGUAUUCUCUCUAACUGUGUAUUCAGUUUGUUCAUGUAAAAUGUUAGAAUUUGUAGAAACAGAAAUGAGCUAUUUUCUCUUCUAAAGUU